UAUAUUAUUAAAAUAAUAAUAUUAAUAAUUUAAACAAUGAAAUUGAUUAUUGUAAUUGCUGCUAUUGUUUACGUGGCUACUUGUGCACCACCGCCACCAACACCAGCACCGACUAAAGCUCCUCCUCCACCACCAACACCAGCACCAACUAAACCCCCGACAGCACCACCGACAGCACCACCAACACCGAAACCCAUUGACAAAGAUGAACUAUUGAAAAUUGCGGCCCAAUUGGACAAACUGGCCACCGAUGAGAUCAGCAAGUUUAAGGCUAUCGAUCGGGUGUCACUGGUAGCCAACAUACAGAUACUCCAACAAAAUGUUCGCGAUUUAGUCAACAAAUUGAAGACCACUACCGGUGCCCUGCCGUUAGAGGUAAUCAAAUCGCAGUUGUUUUGGUUGGAACGGCAACUGGGAGUGGAGAUCGAAGCUACCGAAGCUGCCUAUGCUUUGGUCGUCAAAUUGUUGAACAAUGCGGCACAGCUGAAGGUACGCAUAGAUGAGGGUAUCAAACGUAUGGGCGCCGACACACCCGUAGGUAAAGCCUUGGCCGAAGAGGGACAGUCGUUGGAGAAAACUGUUACCAAUUUGAAGAAUGCUACCGAUGCCCGUACUAUACAACUGUUGGAAUUUGAUUUAGCCCUAAUCGAGGAACGGGUCAAAGCUGAAUUAGGACCAUAAGUUUAUAAGAAUAUAAUGUUAUACAUAAUGUUAAGUUUAAUAUCUAAAAAAUUAAAUAAAUUAAAAAAUUAAAAAAUUAAAAAAUUAAAAAUAUCAACUAAUUUUUACU